AUGGUAUUUCUUAAGAGAAGUGCUGUGAGCUUUUUCUCACUUUUCCCUUUGGAAGUUCGAUUUGACGAGUUUUCCUAAAAAACGACAUUUUGGGAGAUAUUUUGUUUUGCAAAAACUUUUUCGUCUCUUUCUUCAUUUAAAUUUGUUCGUUAUAAUUAUAUACACAUUAAAAAUCUUCGAAAACUUGCGAGAACCUAGGAAAAACAUCAUUUAAUGGUCUUUUUCCAACCACUAAAUCCACAAAACUUGACUCUCAUUCUCGCGCCCCUAUUGCAAUAAACCGUGCCGCUGUUGCAGUCAGCCACGCCUACUGACCACAGCUGCCGCUCGUUUGGGAACACUGUGUUACCGGCGCUUCUAAGAAAAGGAUAAAAAAAUAGUCAAAAAUCGCUCGUUUCACAGCAAUCGAUUAAUCCCUUAAGGGAGCACUCAUACCUUUGAAAUUGUCCAAACCCAGUUGAGCCUUAGGAAAUCACUUGAAACUAGUGAAAAGUAGACAAACCUAGGCAAUUCCUGAGGCUCAAGUGGGCUUGGACACUUCUGGCAAUUUAAACCCUUAAGGGAGCACUCAGACCUUUGAAAUUGUCCAAACCCAGUUGAGCCUUAGGAAAAAAUUUUUUUUAAUGUUCAUUUUUCGGCCGAUACUUUUCCCAACCUGGAUUUUCCAAACCGUCAAUACAUUUCUUUUUUUUCAUCAUUGAAUUGAUUCUCCAGAUAGCACCUUUCUUCCGGUCUGCUCAUUUUUGACCGGUUCCAUAUGAUCUUAGUAUAUAAAUUUCGCAUUUCAGAAGUUCGUGACCUAUGACGAACAAUUGGCGGCUUUCUUCCGCUUGGGUGUGAACCUGGCGAACACCGUAAACACCGCGGACUUCUUCACCGUGACCUACAUUCCAACGUAUAGUAACAUUUAUGUUUAAAAAAAAUAAAAAAAUUUUUUUGCAGGGUCAAGUUCUAUCCGUUUGGGUCGGCUCGUUCCCCCUACCAAUCCAAAUACAAGCCAAGUAGGUCUUGACGGAUUUUUGGUCCACGAAAUCUUCAUUGAGUUUCGUAGGGUGCGCGAAUGUCUCUACAAGCAGCACGGAUUGCAGUAAGUCACAAAUAAAACAAAAUUAUGAAUUAAUAUCACGUCAAGUUAUUUCAAAUGAUUUAAGAAAAGAGAAGGAUUAGUUUUCAGAGUUCUUUCAUCAUAUUAUUUGCCUUUACAUGAGCGAGUUGUGGUUUUUUUAAUGCUAUGAGUUCAAAAAAACAAAUAUUAAACAUGAAACAUAGGUAGGGACCGCAGAGCCACGCCCACUUCGCUGUUCAAAAAAAACUUCGUCAUUUUUCGUUGCAUUUUGGUUCUUUUUUUAUAUUUUUAAAACAGUUUUUCUUGUACCGAUUUGAGAAAAAAAAUUGGGGAAACAUACAAUCGGCUAUGCUUAACAAUCCUACAUAAAAAGAAAAAUACUGAAAAAAAUGAGAAAUAAGAAUGUACGACGACAGUUUUUUUAAAACGCAUUUGUGGCCGAAAACGGAUAAAAAAAUCCCUGUUUUUUUCUUGAAAGUUUCUGGGCGACUUUUUUUAUUCUUGAGUAUCAUAAGGCAACUAACUACGCAUAUUCUGGCAAAAAAAAUAAAAAAAUUUUAUGGUUGGCCUCAAAAAAAUAACGCAAUUUGAAAAUCACGAUUUUUCGAAAUUCCUUAUUUUUCGAAAAAAACGCAAUCGAUAAUUACUGAUUAUAUUUUUUUAAACGGUUGUUUGCAGUUUUUUUGCAAAUUUUAAAAAAAUAGAAAACUAAAGCUUUUCAUCGAUUAUAUAGUUUAUAUGAAAGCUUAAAAUUUCCGUUUUUUUGUAACGCUUUGAAAACGGCCCAAAGGGUUCUGGGCAAGUUUUUUUUAUUUCAUAAUAUCAAACAUUAGACAUUUCUCUACAACAUAUCAAAAAAUAAAAAAAUUCCUAGGAUGGCCCGAAAAGUAUGGUUAAUUUAAACGCUCGAAAGUUAUUUUUAAAACUGCGCGUCGCUGGAAAUCUGCAGACACCGCGAAGGCCACGAAAUUUUUUUCGAAAGCGUGAAGAAGAUUUUUUUAAAAUUAUUUAUGUAUUCUAUUCAAGUUUUUCUCAUUUUAUUGUGGCUUUAUAGUUGCUUUUUACUCAUUUCAUAAUUGGAAUCUUUUUUUCCUAUAUCAUUAUAUCCAUUAUAGCAGCGAGAAAAAGUAUUAAAUUUCACUUUUACUCAACUUUUUUUGAAUUUUUUUCAGAAUGUCAAGUAAAGAAUUCUAAAAAAAUUGUCUACGUACACUCCAUGUAGACGCACAAACUUCAGAGAAAAAAAAUAAAAGAAGUAGAAAAUCAAAAAGUAAAAAAACGCUUUCGCCUUAAAAAAACUCUCUGAAAAAAAGGACUUGGUGAUUAUUUACAUAUUUUUUUCAGUAAAUUUCUUAGUAGACUGUUACAUUUUUCAAUUCGGUCUGAUGCUGUUCGUCCUUCGCAGAGGUCUAUUUUGUCGGUUAUUUUUCUUUUUUUACGAAAUGCAUUGAAACCUUCUUCAAAACUCGCUUUUUCAGCAGCGUGAGUGCUUGAAGAGUAGGCUGAUAUUGAAAAAGAGCAAUAUUCAAUAUGAAAACUCUAAUAUUUCAUUUAAAAACUUCUAAAAAAACUCAAAUAAAUAUGUUUUUCGAAACGUCUCCUGCGUGAAUUAACGCGCAGCAAGGAGCGCGCGGCAUCUAUAAACACGCCCCUUUUCCUGCGACCCUGACGAAAGUUUCUACACAAAAGUGGUUCCCCCGAUUUCGCCACUUUUUUGCUUAUAACUUUUUUAAUUUUUCAUAUUUUUCUUUUCUGUUUUCGCAGUUAGCUCUCGAUUGCCAUCAGCUUUCUUUUCAUAUAGGUUUCAACUUUAUAUCACUGACUUUGGAAAUUGGCCUGCGGUCCCUAAACAUAGGAGUUCCCGAAAUUCGAGUUUUUCUUUUAAAAAAACUUUCAGCCACGAAAUCGUCAUCACCGGUGGUCCGGCAGAAGACAUCGCGCAGCUUCUCGCCGCAAGCAAGUGCGUCAUAUGCACGAACGGGUUUGUUUCAUAUCAUGUUCAUAUCGUUAUCAAUGUUUCAGGAUUCUCAAAACAUCCCUUCAAAACGUCGCCAAAGAAAUCUUGGCAAAGAUCGCCGCUUUCUUAAUGGUCCGAAGCCAUCGUUCCUUCCCAACCGUCCCACUCGGGAAAAUCAUCGUGAGUUUUUAUUUUAUUACGAAAUUAACCGAAAACACAUUUUAGGUGGACCCGAUCUCCGAAGAGGCCGAAUUCGUGCCAAUUCAGGUAGCUUUUGUCGGGAUUUAUAUUAAUGAAGUUGAAAUGAAAACUAAACAGGAAGAAUUCUGACGACCUUUGAAAUUGUCCAAACCCAGUUGCGUUUGGAAAAAAAACCUUUUCAUGUUGUGAGAAAGGUGUUGUAGGAGUUUCAACUUAGUUAAGGGGGAAAAUUUUGAAUUUCGGGACAUAGAAAUUUUCAGGCAGUUUGGUCCACUUGCUGAAGAAUGUGAAAAAAGUGUCCGCGUUUGGAAAAAAAACUUUUUCAUGUUGUGAGCUUAGACCGGAACUUUUAGACCUGUUAAAGUGUUGAAAUCGUUUGAAAUUUCAAUUUUUUAAGGCAAACGUUCCCAAAGAACCUCCGAGUAAGAAGUCGAAGGCAAACGAGAACGCCACCGGAAUGGAAUCCUCGGAUUCGUCUGAGGAGUCCGACACCGAAACCACCGAGGUGAAAAGCGUGGGGUUUUUUUAAAAAAAGAAAAUUGAGAUUUAAAGAUUCUCGCACAAAGAAAGAAAACAAAAAACCAAAAAUUAAACGGGAAGAACAGAAUCUGACAAAUUCUCACAACACCCAGUUGCGUUUGGAAAAAAAAUCUUUCAUGUUGUGAGAAAGGUGUUGUAGGAGUUUCAACUUAGUUAAGGGGGAAAAUUUUGAAUUUCGGGACAUAGAAAUUUUCGGGCAUUUUAGGUGCACCCACGAGACACUGAACUGCAUCUGGGGUACGGUGCAGUGUAGUGUGUCAUGGGUGCAUCUACCCUAGUGCACUGGAUUGCACCAGGGGUGCGGUUUAAACUCUUAAGGGAGCACUCAGACUUUUGAAAUUGUCCAAACACGGUUGAGCCUCAGGAAACCACUGGAAACUUGUGAAAAAUAGGCAAACUCGGGCGAUUUGUAGUUGAACCCUUGAGCGAGCACUUAGACCGGAACUUUUAGACCUGUUAAAGUGUUGAAAUUGUUUGAAAUUUCAAUUUUUUCAGGCAAAAGUUCCCAAAAAACCUCCGAGUAAGAAGUCAAAGGCAAACGAGAACGCCACCGGAAUGGAAUCCUCGGAUUCGUCUGAGGAGUCCGACAACGAAACCACCGAGGUGAAAAGCGUGGGGUUUUUUUUAAAAAAGAAAAUUGAGAUUUGAAGAUUCUGGCACAAAGAAAGAAAACAAAAAACCAAAAAUUAAACGGGAAGAACAGAAUUUGACAAAAUUUCAAUUUUUUCGCUUUAGCCGCCUGCGAUCUCGCACUCGAGGGCCGCCCAGUCGCCGUCGAGGCGAACUCCUCGUCGAAAAGUUCCUCCUUCUCCGAAAAGAGGGUCCGGAACCGACCGAAGUCCGGUUGGUUUUUUUUUUACUUCCUUAACGGGAACUUUCAAACCUUUGAAAGUGUCCAAACUCAGUUGAAAUUUUUGGAAAUUUGCCGAAGAAAAUUGAGAUUUGAAGAUUCUGGCACAAAGAAAGAAAACAAAAAACCAAAAAUUAAACGGGAAGAACAGAAUUUGACAAAAUUUCAAUUUUUUCGCUUUAGGCGCCUGCGAACUCGCAGUCGAGGGCCGCCCAGUCGCCUUCGAGGCGUAUUCCUUGGAGAAAAGUCUUCUCCUCCCCGAAGAAAACUCCGGAAAGAGCUCCCGACCAAAGUCCGGUUGGCUUUUUUUUACUUCCUUAACGGGAACUUUUAAACCUGUGAAAGUGUCCAAACUCAGUUGAAAUUUUUGGAAAUUUGCCGAAGAAAAUUGAGAUUUGAAGAUUCUGGCACAGAUGGAGAUUUUACAGAUCCCCAACGAAAAAGAGCUCGGCGAGAAGAUGGUCGAGGAGAACGCGGCUAAACAGGACGCCGCUGAUGAAUCUUGGAUGGUUCGUAAAAAAAAUUAACUGGAAAUUGAAAUUUUUGAUUUUUGAAGCACAAUUGCGCUAAUAAACUUUUUAUCACAAGUUUUUUUGAGGAGCUUUGAUAAUAAAUAAAAAAAAUUAGAAAAAAAAUGAGAAUAUCCUCAUUUUUUCAGCCGGAUGCGGCAGAGCGCGCAAAGUUUCCCAAGGUGUACAGGACGGGAAGUUUGUGCAAAAAGUGGGUUUGCACCAUUGAAGGCUGCCCUGGAUACGCGGCAGCGAGUUACAUCUCGUGCUGUCGGAAAGUUUAUCAUUAUGGGUGCCUCCAGGAGAGGGCCCUUAUCGUCCCUUUUAAGUGCGAUUCCAACCGUCACCACGCCAAAUAG